AUGGGCGCGUGGAAGGAGAUCCGGCCUCGGUUUUUGCCAGCUGUGAUUAUCAUGUUUCUCCUCCUCCAGGUCCUUUUCUUAGUGAACAUGUGCUAUCUUUAUGCAACGCAGUUCCGAAGUACCACCCGCUAUCACAAUUUCAAUGUGCUCUAUGUUGACUAUGACGGUGGUAUCAUCGGAAAGUCAGUGUCAGACGCCUACCACCAACUACGAGGAGACGGGUUCCCAACCCUACUGCCGAGAUCUUCUAACGAAUAUCCCCAGCCAGAGGAUAUUCGCGAAGCCGUAUGCCGCGGUGAGUACUGGGCGGCUAUUUACACUACCUCGGAUGGAUCAGCUAGUCUGGAAUCAGCGCUGGCAAACGGGUCAAACCCGCCGACCUCACUCACUUACAUCUGGAACGGGGUUCGAUACCCAGUGUUCUCACAGGCCGCAGUCUACACCAACAUCCUGAAACUGAUCACAACCACCCGAUCAACAUACUACGCCAACGCUGGAUCUUCAAUAGUCGCUUCCGCCGACUUCUCUAACGAAGCCACCCUCAAAGCCUUCCUCGACCCGAUCCACGCUGCAGAAAUCAACAUCAAAGGCACGCAGCAAGGCACAAGAGUCUUCUACAACACAGUCUCCAUGGUGAUACCAAUCGUGCAACAGUUCUUCUUCCUCUUAGCGCUGAACGGGAUCUCAACCCAUCUCGACGCAUUCACAAACCUAUCCUGGAAAACCAACGCCCUGAUCCGCGCCAUAGCUUCUACCCUCUACACCCUCACAGGCUCACUGCUAAUGGCCGGGUAUAUCUGGGCGUUCCGGGAGUCAUGGGGACAGCGAGGAAGUCGGUUCGCGCUGACCUGGGCCAUCAUGUGGCUGUUAAUGCACAUCAACUUCCUAUUCUUCGAUAUCGCGACUGCGUUCAUCCCCAUUCAGUUCAUGCCGUUUGUUGUUCUGACGUGGGCUAUUCUUAAUGUCGCUAGCACUAUUAGCCCGUUUGAGCUUAGUCCGGGGUUCUUUCGAUGGGGAUACGCGCUUCCGUCAUAUGAGGCGUACCAGGUCCUGGUUCAGAUUUGGUCUGAUGGGUGCGAUAAUCGGCUUUAUCGGGCGCUUCCGGUUAUGUUCUCUUGGUGGAUUGUUGGGGUUCCUGUUGCGGUUUAUGCGAUGCGGUACCGGUGCAGGACUGCGGUGGCGGCACGGGAAGUCUUGGAUCGUGCAUGA